GAUUGUAUCAUUGCGAGUGAAGAAAUCGUAAAAGUUCAGGAAAUUUAUAGAAAAAAAUCAUUUACGGGUCUUAAAAGCACAACGAAAUGUCGGGAAAUAAGGGAAUGUACGCGGAGAGCGACGUGGGUUCAUUCCCGAAGGAUUUCGGAUAUGGGGGAAACUUUGAAAACUCGGAGUUUGAAAAGGUUUGCGAUAAUAAACCGAGAAUACUUUUAAUGGGAUUGAGGCGUUCUGGCAAAAGUUCGAUACAGAAGGUCGUUUUUCACAAAAUGUCGCCGAAUGAGACGCUGUUUCUCGAGUCGACAAACAAAAUUGUCAAAGAUUCCAUCAACAAUUCGUCGUUCGUGCGCUUCCAAAUUUGGGAUUUUCCGGGUCAAAUUGACUUUUUCGAUCCAACUUUUGAUUCGGAAGUCAUUUUUGGCGGUUGUAAUGCCCUCGUUUUCGUCAUUGAUGCCCAAGAUGACUACAUCGAGGCACUUGCGAAGCUAAAUCAAACAGUUACCAAAGCCUACAAAGUAAAUCCACGGAUAAAAUUUGAAGUUUUCAUUCACAAAGUCGAUGGCGUGAGUGAUGAUUUCAAGAUGGAAUCGCAACGGGACAUCCAUCAACGGGCAACGGAUGAUCUGGCGGAUCAGGGACUCGAUCAAAUUCAUCUCAGUUUUCAUCUGACUUCCAUUUAUGAUCAUUCGAUCUUUGAGGCAUUCUCGAAAGUCGUGCAAAAGUUAAUCGAUCAGUUGCCAACGUUGGAAAAUUUGUUGAAUAUUUUGGUGACAAAUUCGGGCAUCGAAAAGGCUUUUUUGUUUGAUGUCGUGUCGAAAAUUUACAUUGCCACAGAUUCGUCGCCUGUUGAUAUGCAAACGUACGAGUUGUGUUGCGAUAUGAUAGACGUGAUCAUCGACUUGUCGUGCAUCUAUGGGCUGAAGGGAGGCAACGAGAUGGCCUUCGAUUCGCAAAGUUCGAGUUUGAUUAAGUUGAACAACAACACAGUGCUGUAUUUGCGGGAAGUUAACAAGUUUCUCGCGUUAGUUUCGAUUCUCAGAGAGGAUAAUUUCUGUCGACAAGGAAUAAUCGACUACAACUUCCUCUGCUUCAAAGAGGGAAUCACAAAAGUGUUUGAAUUACGGGAAAAGGCUCAGCAAUUGGAAUAUGUGCAAGAUCGCGAAGACAUUGAUGACGACGAGGAAGUUGACGACGACGAAGAUGACAUUUACAUGCAAGGAAAUCACAUGAACGGCGAAAGUUCGCGCGUUGUCGAUAACCAUAACGAUGGUGCCAUAUUAGCAUAACAACAAUUUACUUUCGGCGAUCCCGAUCAAAGCUCUAUUCCAGAUGGUUACGCUCCCGUGCCAACCUCUUUUAACAAUCAAGCCGAGUCAUUCAACGACGAUGACGGAAACUUGGAAGGGCUCGUCGAUAUACUUUGAAUUCCUGCUUCUAUCAGUGAAAAAAAAAUUUUUUUUUUAGAAUUAAGGUUGUUAAGUUCAAUGUUCAAUUAGCUAAUUUUUGCUUAUUUUUUUUUAAGAAGACAUUAGAAAGGAGUUUUUACCUCUACUUAUAUUGCCUACUAAUAAUAAAUCCGUGAAAA